AUUCCCCAGGAGGCAGUGCGACUGCGCCGCCCCAUUUCCGGCGGCGAAAGAUGGCGGUUUCCUAGCGAGUCGUCGGCUGGGUUGGAGGGAGACUCAGGCUACGACGUAGCUGGAUCCAGGUGCUCAGAAGUCUGCCUGCCGGUUUUCUGGGGAAGGAUCCUGGCUUCCCCCAUGGCUGCUCCAUCCAGCAACUCAGGAGCCAUGGAGGUGGUGGAGCCCAGCAGCCCCACCGAGGAUGAGGAGGAGGAGGAAGAGGAGCAGUCCUCGGAGCCCAGGCCCCGCACGCGCUCCAACCCGGAGGGGGCCGAGGACCGGGCACUGGGGGCCCAGGCCAGCGUGGGCAGCCGCAGCGAGGGUGAGGGUGAGGCGGCCAGUGCUGAUGACGGGACCUCCAACCCUCCAGGAGCUGGCCCCAAGCCCUGGCAGGUGCCUCUGCCGGCCCCUGAGAUCCAGGUGCGGACGCCAAGGGUCAACUGUCCGGAGAAGGUGAUCAUCUGUCUGGACCUGUCGGAGGAAAUGUCCCUGCCAAAAUUGGAGUCAUUCAACGGCUCCAAAACCAACGCCCUCAACGUCUCCCAGAAGAUGAUCGAGAUGUUUGUGCGGACAAAACACAAGAUUGACAAAAGCCAUGAAUUUGCACUGGUGGUAGUGAAUGACGAUAUUGCCUGGCUGUCUGGCCUGACCUCUGACCCCCGCGAGCUCUGCAGCUGCCUCUAUGACUUGGAGACGGCCUCCUGCUCCACCUUCAAUCUGGAAGGUCUCUUCAGCCUCAUCCAGCAGAAGACGGAGCUGCCAGUCACGGAGAAUGUGCAGACAAUCCCGCCCCCGUACGUGGUCCGCACCAUCCUUGUGUACAGCCGUCUGCCCUGCCAGCCCCAGUUCUCCCCGACGGAGCCCAUGAAGAAAAUGUUCCAGUGCCCGUAUUUCUUCUUCGACAUUGUUUAUAUCCACAACGGCACUGAUGAGAAGGAGGAGGAGAUGAGCUGGAAGGACAUGUUUGCCUUCAUGGGCAGCCUGGAUACCAAGGGUACCAGCUACAAGUAUGAGGUGGCGCUGGCUGGGCCAGCCCUGGAGCUACACAACUGCAUGGCCAAGCUGUUGGCUCACCCGCUGCAGCGGCCCUGCCAGAGCCACGCCUCCUACAGCCUGCUGGAGGAGGAUGACGACGCCACCGAGGUCGAGGCCACUGUCUGAAGCAUCCCUGCAGGGCCAACCUUCUCAUACCAUGAAGCCCUUGGCAUCGAGUGCUGGUUCUCUGCUGGACUCCGGGAGACCGCUGGCGCAGGGGUUCCAGGAGGCACCCAGGAAGCAUCCCUGGGACUCUGGGCACCCAUCACCCAUAUUUCCCAGCCCAUGUCACACUGCCAGUUUGUCAGUUGUAAUUUUUGUUGUUCCCUGUGUUUUGUCAACAAAAUAAAAAUCUGAGAAUCC